CUUUGUGAAUGGUCUUCAUGCAGCACAGGGACUGCUGCCUCCAUAGAGAGAGGGUGAGGAGGGGGAAACUGACCAACACAGAAGAGUGAGAGAAAGAGAGAGAAAGGACAUCAGGCAAGACGCACAAUGGCACAGAAAAGUACCUUGCCCUGUUCCAUUCGCCCAUACAAGCCCUCAGAUAAGGCAUCUGUGGUCUCACUCUUUCGCUUUGGGGUUUUGGAACAUGUUUACCCUGCCUUUUUCAAGUCCAUCAGCCAUGCGGACCACAUUGGUGUGGCCAUCAGCAUCUGUAUGGCGGGCUAUGUCCUGGGUGGGAGCUCCUACUUCCAGGCACUGUUAUUUGGUGGUGCCUGGGCUGGCCUGGUGUACUACUGUUGCCACGAGAUCUACACGGGCUACCUCAACCGGAAGUUGAGUGGAGAAAUGGAUGACGUGCAGACUCACUUCCUGGACAACCCUAACAACAACUUCUGGGUGGCAGAGAUGGACGUUAACGGGCAGUCAAAGAUCGCCGGGGUGGUGGCAGUGCUGGCGCAUAAGGGAGGGGAUGAGCCAGAAGGUGGGAGGAGCAACAGCUGGAAUGGAAGUGUGAUGGCUACUGACGAAGGUGACGGGAGUUAUGGGGAGGUGUUCCAGCUGGUGGUCUCCUUCCCGCUGCGGCGGAAGGCUCUGGGGUCCCAGCUGCUUCAGACUGCUAUCGACUUCUGUAAAGAGCAGGGCCUGAUGAGCGUGGUCCUGGAGACCAGCUCUCCCCAGGCAGCAGUCCUUGCCCUUGCCAAGAAGAUGGGGUUUGUCCAGACUUCCAGCCACAACAACACACACUCAAGCCGCUGGAUGGCUAAACUAGCCCGCAUCAGUGUAUUGCGCAUGGAAAAGGUCAUCUGAAAACAGAGCCACGCUUUCUAACUCUCUGACACAGGACUAUUAUCCUCCAAAAAACAAAAAUCGAAUUCCCACACACGCAUCACUACCACAAACCAAUGCCUCAUUCAUCUGGUCAAAUUGUGAGAGAAAAUCAAGAGUGCAAAGAUAACUGCAAAGGUCUCGGACGGGUUUUUGUCUGCAAUUUUAUUUAAAACUAGCCUUCCACUUUGAGAUAGAGUGGGCUGUAUUUGGUACCGAAAUAUAUAAAUAUGUGUAAUAAACCAUAAAACCAU